ACGACUUAUUUUUUUUUUUUUUCAAGGAUAAAAAUUUAUUGUCUACGACUAUGCGACAAAGUAAUCACACUUGCGGCAAAACUCGCAAUUUGUGCGUUUUUUCUGCAACUACUUGACGACUUUUUACAAAAUGUUUUUUAAAUAAUUUUGGAAUUAUUUUCCUGAAAAUCGAUCGUUUGUGUAAAUUUCCAAAAUUUGUUUUUAGUCAAUUUUAUGAUUCGACUCGACGCGUUUCGACUGCUUUAUAUGUACAUUUUUUUUAUCUUAAAUAUUUUCUCUUAAAUGUGCGAUAAACAUUGCGUUUGCAUUUCCACGUCGUGAGUACAUAAGUUACACAGUUCUUGUAGACACAAUGUUCUUGUAGAUAUAAAUUUAUUUUUCAUUAUAUUUUCCUAAUGUCACCGUAUUGUCUGUUUUUGAAGUUUGUGUGACCGUAGCGCGUGAUCAUCUCGACCACUCGAAAAUCUCUCAUUGGGAAUUGCCAUGUUGUUUUCCCAUUGGUAUCCGACCAAUGAAACUAACGGGGGUGGCACAGCUGUUUCGCACAGCUGUUCCGCGUUGUUUUACCUUUCAAUUCUGACAUUCUAAAAGCCGGUACAGAGAUACCCACACAGAAACGGAAUUUCGAGUUUUCGACACAGUUUUCAGAUUCGCAUGACGAGAGGUCAUCGACGAGAGAUCAUGCCACAUCAUCCGGAAACGCAACAUUCUCAGACUAUAAGCAAAAUAUCUGACGUCGAGCGUAAGGGACCCGCGAUGCAGCCUCAGAGCGGUGCGGCAUUUAUCACAGCUAUAACCUUCGCGUGCGAAGCUGUGAUAGCGUGCGCCAGACAAUUGGAUAUCAUAGAUCAGGAGUGCGGCGAGGGAAACUACGGAACCGCGCUGGCGCGUGGCGCCAAUGCCAUAAAAACUGAAAUCAAGGAAGGUAGAAUCUCGACAACCAGACCUUCCGCGACAUUCACGCAGAUGAGCAGAAUUGUUGAGAAAGAAGUGGAUGGCCUGGAAGGUGGAAUAUAUUCCUUAUUUUUUGAUAUCGUUGCCAAAAACUUUCGUAGGUUUGAAAACGACGAGCGGUUGACCGCCAACAUGUGGCUGAUCGCUCUAACAUCCGCGAACGAAACCGUGGCCGAAGUGAGCGGAAUAUCGGUCGGCGAUCGAACUUUGUUGGACGCUCUUGUGCCGGUGGAGAUUAAAUUGAGAGACGCACUGGAUUCAGGUUCGAAUCCUGUCGACGCGUUCGCGGAAGCCGUCAAUGCUGCCGAAACCUCUGCUAUGCAAACCGUGAAUUCGAAUCACAAGGCAUUUAAACAUCCGGCUGCUGGAGCACAUGCUGUGGGUAUAUGGAUGAGAGCUGCCUACGAAGGUUUUAAAUUGAAAUUCAAUUGUAAUUUCAACGCAUAAAAUCAAAUAAAUAUAAGUUUUUUUAGUUUCGA